UCUUCUUUUUUUUUUUUGUGAAAGAAACAUCUUUAUAUAUAGCUUAAUCUCUUCCUUAUUCAAAAAGUCUUACAUCUACACAACAAAUUCAAGCAAUUAACAACAUUAACAAGUCCAAAGACAAAACAAUAAUAUGAGUAUGGCGAAAUGCAACAUAUCCCUUGUUGUGAUUCCUCUCUUACUUCACAUCAUAUGCUUCUUGUUGUUCCCUCAUACCCUACAAUCACAAGAAAAUGGUUUUUCUCGUCAACCUUCUCGCGAAUUUGUCUUCACUUCUCAUGAACGCUCAGAUUCCGAUCCUCAACAGGUGCACAUUUCAUUGGUGGGUAAAGAUCAUAUGAGAGUGACAUGGAUAACAGAAGAAAAAGACUCAGAAUCUAUGGUAGAGUAUGGAACAAAUGAAGGUGAAUAUAGCAAAAAAACAAUUGGGGAACACACAUCGUACAAAUAUUUUUUGUACAAAUCAGGCAAGAUCCACCACGUGUUAAUUGGGCCUCUAAAUCCAAGUACAACUUACUUCUAUAGGUGUGGUGGAUUGGGUCCUGAGUUUUCCUUCAGGACACCACCUCUUAAGUUGCCUAUUGAAUUUGUGGUUGUUGGGGACUUGGGACAAACGGAAUGGACAAAAUCAACCUUAAAACACAUUGAUAGCAAAGACUAUGACGUGUUUUUAUUACCCGGAGAUCUAUCAUAUGCCGAUACCCAUCAACCGCUUUGGGACUCAUUUGGCCGUUUGGUGGAACCCUACGCAAGCCGUAGGCCGUGGAUGGUUACCGAAGGCAACCACGAAAUUGAGACUAUCCCUAUUAUUCAACCACACGCUUUUAGAUCCUACAAUGCUCGUUGGCCCAUGCCCUACAAUCAAAGUGGCUCAACCUCUAACCUCUACUACUCAUUUGAAGUUGCAAGCACUCACAUCAUCAUGUUGGGUUCUUACACUGAUUUUGAUGAACAUUCCAAACAAUAUAAGUGGCUUCAAUCCGACCUAGUUAAGAUUGAUAGGAAGAGUACACCUUGGGUGAUUGUUUUGUUGCAUGCACCUUGGUAUAAUACUAAUGAGGCACAUGAAGGUGAAGGCGAAAAAAUGAGACAAGCCAUGGAAGCGUUGCUUUAUGAAGCUCGUGUUGACUUGGUUUUUUCCGGACAUGUUCAUGCAUAUGAACGUUUUACCCGAAUUUAUGACAAUAAGGCUGAUUCAUGUGGUCCAUUUUAUGUGACAAUUGGUGAUGGAGGAAAUCGUGAGGGACUUGCAUUAACGUUUAAGAAACCUUCAAAUCCGCUCUCAUUGUAUAGAGAGCCAAGUUUUGGUCACGGAAGGUUGAGAAUGGUGAACGAAACACAUGCACAUUGGUCAUGGCAUCGUAACAAUGAUAGUGACACAUUUGUAGCGGACAAUGUAUGGAUGAAGAGUUUAAGUAGUCUCAAAGAAUGUUGGGAAUUGGGGCAUCAAGAGCUUUAAUUUAAGCUAAAAGCUUAACUUGAGGAGAAAAAGAUAAAAGCCUUGUUAUUAGUUUGUCAUAGUUAAUUAUUAUUUUUAUUUUUUUUUGGUCAAGUAUAGUUAAUUAUUAUUACUAGUAUAAAAUAUGUCCCAUUAUUAUUCUUACAAAUAUGUCUCAUUAAUAUCAAAUUGGUACUCCAGUAGUAUCAAUAUUUGUUUUUUGUUUUUGUGCAACAAGAGAAUCCUCUAAAUUCAUGAAAAUAUUUUAGAGUUAAAUAAUGGGCUGUUUACUUUCA